AUGUUUAGAGCUCUCUGCAUAGAUGAUCAGAAUGCUAAUCAGCAAGGAAACAAAACCCCUGAGGGAGAGACGGAAUCGCCUGGUACAGUUCCACCAUCGCCAGGACGUCGUCGUGUGACCUUCAGCAAUCAAGUGAAAGCUUGCCCUCCGCCAGAUGACAGCAAGUAUCCGGAACCAGAAUUAGCUCCACUCAAAGCGGAUGUCUUAGUGGAAGGUCGUGUGAAGCGUAUUAGGAGAAGUAAAGAAGCAAAAAGAUGUCUGUCUGAUGAACAGAAGUGUGAGAUUCGUGAGAUUGCGAGAGCUACAAUACAAGCUUUACAAACUCCAACGAUGAUAGCUUGCGUAGAUGGCUCUUCGGAAACCGAAGCCUGUCAGAUGCACACAGCGAAGCGCCGUCUAGAGAUUCUGUCGGAGAAUUUCAAGUUUAGCGUGCAGUACACGAAUUUUCCAAAGGUAUGUCGAACUAUAGCGUGGUGGCGCUACUUACUAGACUAAAC